AUGUAUUUCAAAUCUUUAUUAUUAACUGCAAUAGCAGCUUCUAAAAUAGUGGCAGAUGAAAUUGUUACUGUCACCAAUACAAAAUAUGUAACUAAUGCAUGUUUAGAAAAUGCUGCAAAUAGUUUACUUCCCGAUAAUCCAACAAAUUUACAACAAGGUAUUCCAAUAUUUAUAGUUCAAGAGCCAGUAGUACUUACAAAAACAAGAACUCAUACUGAAGCUGUCUUUGUUGGGAUUAAUGGAAAACCAUUUACAAAAUCACAAGAAUCGCAACCAACAUCUUCAUCAUCAGAAGAUUGUACAACUUAUACAACUACAAUAUAUGCAACCCAUUCUUAUGAAACUACUUUAUGUCAAAAUAACAAUUGUCAAACUUCAACAUAUACCACUGUUAUUCCACAGACUUAUACUACAUCAUCAAUAAAUCAACAAAUUGCAGGUCAAGCUUCAACCACCGCUGAAAGUUCAAAUUUUAACUCAAAUGGAUCUAAUAGCGCAAUUGAAUCAUUUUCAGGAUUAGUUGCAGCUAAUGCAAGUGUUAGAACAGCAGAAACUACUACCAGAACAAUUUUCACUGCUUCAACUACUCCAUCUGUUACUUCAACUCCAUCACAAACAAAUGAAUUACUUCCAACAACUAGAUCAAAUCCAGUUGCUCCACAAUCUGUUGUAAAUGAAAGUAAAUCUAUCACAAUUGACGUUUCAUCUAUUACUGAAGCUGUUACUGUGUCGUCUGUUGCAUUAAAUUAUACUAUUGCUGCUAAUAUUGCUGCUAAUAGUGCAAACUCAAGUAUUGAAAGUUCAGCUUUAUCAUCAGCUCCAUCUUCAAGCUUCAGUCUGAUUUCAAGUAUUGAAAGUUCAAGUUUAUCAUCAGCUCCAUCUUCAAGCUUCAGUCUGAUUUCUUUAACUACGCUCAGUUCAAUUUAUGUCAAUACCUACUAUUCAAAUUCUUCAAUUGGUUAUUCGUCAAGUACAAGUUUUUCCGUUGAAUCAGUACCAAUUUCGCAAUCUUCAAGCUUUGCAUCAGAUCUGUCUUCAAGUGUAUUAUCAUCUUCAUCAAUACCAAGCUCAAGUUCAAGUUCAAGUUCAAGUUCAAGUUCAAGUUUAAGUUCAAGUUCAAGUUCAAGCGUUAUAGUUGUACCAACUGUUGCAGCUGCUUAUGUUGGUAACAUUUUCAGUGCUAUUGACACAAAUGCUCCACCAGCAAUUUUCCCAAGAGAACAAUUACCAUUGGGUAUUCCAUCAGGUGUUAACAAUAACGGUGAACCAAUCGGUACUAAUAAAUUUUAUUCCAAUUUAUAUUUAAGUGAUCAAAAUAUGAUGGUUUAUACUUGGCCAUAUGGUACAUUCUGGACUAAAAAUAAUUUUGCUGGUUAUUCAGUUCAGCAUGUUGUUGAAAGUCAAAGAGUUUUUGGAUCAGAUCAUACAAAUAAUCCAGGAGUUCCAUCAUAUUAUUUCAAUCCUACAAAUUUAGAGGAAAUUGUUUUAAGUGCUUCAAGUUUCACCAAAGAUAACAUCCAAUUAGGUUUAACAAAUAUUGAAUCAAUGAGUGCUUUAGUUACUUUAAGUACUGGAUCAGAUGCUGAUUUAAAUAAUUUACAAAUUCCUUUAGUUCAAGGUAUGGGUAUGAUUACAGGUAUUUAUAAUGGUGAUUUAAUUCCAGUAAUAAAUUCAGUUUAUGGAUUUUCAACAUUAACAGUAGAACAGUCAGAUGCUUUGAAUUCAAAUAUUCAAAAAUAUAAAGCAAAAUUAUCAAAUGCUGCUGAAUGGUUAAUUUAUAUUACUUUACCAAAUUCAAAUAUUGAUUUUGAAUUAACUGCAGAUACUUAUCAAUCAUUAAAAGGUUCAAAAUCAGUUGAUGGUUUAAUUGUUCAAGUUGCAAUUGCACCAGACGAAGAAAGUCUUGAAAAAUAUUAUGAUGCUGCUGCUGGUAUGUACGUUACUGAUGCUACUGUUGAAGGUAAUGCUGCUGGCUCAUCUGCUUCAUAUAGUUUCAAUUAUGCUACUAAAGGUCAAUCAUCAAGUGGAUCACCAAUUGUUUUUGCAUUACCACAUCAUUUGAAAUCAUUAAACUCUGGUUCAUCCUCAACUGGUAUACAAGUAUUAUCACAAACUAAAGGUCUCAUGACUGGAUUUUUAACAAAUACAUUAAGUUUUAGCGAUACAAUUGAAGAUAUUUCAUUUUUACCAUCAGAUGCAACAUAUUCAACAGAACAAUUAACUUUGUUAGCUCAAGUUGCAAAUGAAGAAUUAGCUGUUAAUAUUCCAAAUACAGUUAAAAAUAUGAAUUCAAAUUAUUUUUCAGGUAAAGUUAUUGAUAAAUAUGCUCAAAUUUUAUUAGUAUUAAGUGAAAUUAUUAAAGAUGAUGAAGUUACUAAAGAUACUUUAGAAUCGAUGAAAGAAGCAUUCGAAACAUUUACCAAGAAUGAACAAUAUUAUCCAUUAAUGUAUGAUACUAAAUUUGGUGGUGUUACUUCAACUUCAGCUCAAAAUGGUGAUACUGGUGCUGAUUAUGGUAGUGCUUAUUAUAAUGAUCAUCAUUUCCAUUAUGGUUAUUUUGUACAUGCAGCUGCUGUUGUUGGUUAUGUUGAUAAGAAAUUCAAUGGUACUUGGGCCGAAGAUAAUAAAGACUGGGUUAAUUCAUUAAUUAGAGAUGUAGCAAAUCCUUCAAAAUCUGAUACUUAUUUCCCAGUUUCAAGAAUGUUUGAUUGGUAUCAAGGUCACUCAUGGGCUGCUGGAUUAUUUGCAAGUAAUGAUGGUAAAAAUCAAGAAUCAAGUUCUGAAGAUAUUCAAUUUGCUUAUGGUAUGAAAUUAUUUGGUCAAGUUAUAAAUGAUGGUGCAAUGGAAACAAGAGGUGGUUUAAUGUUAUCAAUUAUGAGAAAAUCAUUUGAGGAUUACUUUUACUUUAAAUCUGAUAAUACUGUUCAACCAGAAUCAAUAUUACCAAAUAAAGUUAGUGGUAUAUUUUUUGAAAAUAAAGUUGCUUAUACAACUUACUUUGGAUCACCAGAUAAUUUUCCACAAUAUACCCACUUAAUUCAUGCUAUACCGGUCACACCAGCGUCUGCUUACGUUAGAACUGCUGCAUACACUCAAGAAGAAUGGGAUGAUCAAAUUUCAACAUUCAUUGAUAGCGUCACCGAUGGUUGGCUUGGAAUUGGACAGUUAGACAGAGCAAUUCACGAUCCUAAAUCAUCGUUUGACUUCUUCAGUUCAGAUUCAUGGUCUAACAAUUACUUGGACAACGGUCAAAGUAGAACUUGGUCAUUAGCUUUAUCAGGUGGUUUAUUAAAUUAA